AUGACGCGCAUGAUCAUCCUGGCAGGAGCCCCAGAGUCUACCAAGCUCGACUGGAGCGAGAAGUCACUUCUUCCCGAAUCGAUGCAUGUCGAGUCCCUGGCACCCCCGACCUCUUCUUCACCCAAGGCUUUCGGCGCCCAAUGGAGACAAAUCACCACCCAACGACUUCAAAUGCGACCGGUCCUUCCUAAACUUGAAAUUGAUGCGCGCCCGCCUCCCGAUGGACUCGACCGCAGCGGCGCCGAGUUCUUCUCUGCCGACGACUUUGUCGGCCCGCCAACUCCCAGCAGCGAUGUCAGUGGUGACGAGUCCCAGCCAUCGGGCGUAUCGACCGAAACGACCUCGGAGGCGCUGUCGGAUUACUACGAUCACUCAUUUGCCAUUUACGAGGCCAUCCCGUCUUCUCAGAUAUCCGGCUUCUCCGACUACACGCCCGGUACGCCGACAUAUGAAAGUAACGAAGAAAUGUUUCCCCAGACGCCCGGCUCUGGUGGAGGAAUCAUCCGGACAGCCUCGCAACGGCGACUGAGCCAAGCGCCGAGACCAAAACACCUGAGCAACCUCGAAGAUAUCCCCAAUGCGCGCUACUUGUCGUCGAUUGAGCCACAGACCAUGACCGUGAACCUGGUGGUCGGGAUCCUGUCGAUCGCUCCCCCACGGACGGUGAUGACGGGGAUGAAGUACGGCAAGCCAAGCGAGAGGGACCUAGUAGAGUUAGUGGUGGGCGACGACACGAAGACGGGGUUUAGCAUCAGCAUGUGGCUGCCACGGGAGAUGCGGGUGAACUGGAAGGAUGGGGCCAACUCCGCUCCCGAAGGAUCGCGGAGUCUCCUGCGACGAAGCCUCCGGGUUCUACGGCCGCGCGAUGUGGUAUUACUGCAGAAUGUGGCCUUGAGCUCGUUCCGGGGCAAAGUGCAUGGACAGAGCUUGAAAGGUGAUGUGACCAAGGUCGAUCUAUUGUUCCGCAAAAGAGUGGACGAUGACGAUCUAGACGGGAUCUAUUCGGCGUCGAAUCUUCGGACAGCCUCGAGCAGAGAUCCCCAGAUAUUGAAGGUCAAGAAGGUGCGGGAUUGGUUGCUGGAAUUUGUGGGGGAUCGAGACGGGCCGGCCAAGGGGCGACGGAGAGGUGCAGCUUUGAGAGGCGAUUACGGAUUUCUGCCAGAUGAUACCCAAUAA